AUGUCUCGCUGCCAGCCCUGCAACCCUUGCUGCCAGCCCUGCGGGCCCACCCCGCUGGCCAACAGCUGCAAUGAGUGCUGUGUCAGGCAGUGCCAGGACUCCCAUGUUGCCAUCCAGCCCUCUGCUGUGGUGGUGACCCUGCCUGGGCCCAUCCUCAGCUCCUUCCCACAGAACACCGCCGUGGGAUCCUCCACCUCCGCUGCCGUUGGCAGCAUCCUCAGCUGUGAGGGAGUGCCCAUCAACUCCGGGGGCUUUGACCUCUCCUGCAUCACCAGAUGCUACCCUCGCAGAUGUGGGCCCUGCUAA